UCCGUUUAUCGAACUGGCGGUGUUUGGCGGAUAAUGUCCGACAAUGUCCAUUUCUGGAACUUUGAGCAGCUAUUACGUGGACUCCAUCAUAAGUCACGAGAGCGAUGAACUCUCAAGUCCUGCUCGUUUUUCCGGUGUGCAGUAUUCUGGUAGCAGUGGAGCCGGAGCUUCCGUGGGUGCGAGGCAGCCAGGCGGCGCUGCGCACGCGGAUCAUCCACAUCCAGAGUCGUACCCGUCCUGCAGCUUCCAGCCGAAGCCUCCGGUCUUCUCCUCGCCCUGGAGCCCGUUCAACCCCCAUCAUGGCGCGAGUGGCCUCCCCGCUGUCUACCACCCAUACAUCCCGGCUCAGCACGUGCCCGCGCCGGACGCGCGGUACCUCCGCUCCUGGCUGGACUGCGCGCCCCGCGGAUCAGAGUCUGUGUCGGUCCAGGGUCAGGCGGGGCAGGUCAAACUGGAGCCUCAGCUCGGACAUCUCGGCGCGGAGCUUCCUACCAAAAUGGGCGGACAGCACCCGCACGAGACCACCACCUAUAUCCUGGAGUCCACGUCCACGGCGGCGCGCGAGCUGAGCCAUCACCCUUCCGCCAUCCCGGGAGCAGGGUUUGAAGAAAGUAAAGACAUUUGUGAAGGCAGCGAGGACAAAGAGACCCUGGAUCAAAAUGAUCCCUCCGCCAACUGGCUGCACGCACGCUCUUCGCGGAAGAAGCGAUGCCCCUACACCAAAUAUCAGACGCUCGAGCUGGAGAAGGAGUUCUUAUUCAACAUGUACCUCACACGGGACCGGCGGCACGAGGUGGCACGCGCACUGAACCUGACGGAGCGGCAGGUGAAGAUCUGGUUUCAAAACCGCAGGAUGAAAAUGAAGAAACAGACCAAGGACCAAGCCAAGGACUAGCACUUGUGCACAAGUUACACACCCACACACAGAGACGCACGUGCACGCAUGCUGUUAUGAUGCACCACGACACAUUCAUGUCCC